UCACCCACGCGCGUGCUACUAGAAAGCAAUAUUCAAUAGCCUCGAUAUCGUGCUCCGCGUUGCGCCUAUCCUGGAGCUCCGGCAAGGUCGGGAAUGGUAUCCAGGACGGCAGCUGAGGACGCCGUUCGAAGAGUGGUCAGCGGCCCAGAACGAGGAGACCUGCUGUUCUUCAUCGGGGAGCAAACUGAUGACCAACUGAGCCAGUGGAGGAUCCUGGACACAGACGGCGAUUCAGCAAUUGUCGCCUUCGUGAGGCGGAAGGCCCAAGGCUCGCUGCCGGCUGCUGCUGGUGAGCAUUACCACGAGGCUGUAUGUAUUUCCGCCGCCGAUGCGGCGGGUGCCCUCACGAGCCGUGAGGCUCCAGAGCACGCUGCUGUCACUGAUCCGUGGGUCGUGGACCUCCUGGCAAGCGCUGAUGCUGGCACCAGCAACGCUGCUGCAGGUCGCGCGGGAGCAUCCUUUGAGGAGUUUUGGAAGAAGCUACCCAAGGCGGUGGUUGCCCAGUCUAGUCAAAAUUUCGAGGUCCUGCAGCUUGCAGACGGUACUGCAUUCCCAGAUCCUGGCCAUUCCACGACUUUGCUUGUUCACCCAUGCUACCACACCCUGUGUAAGAAGAUCUUUGCAUCUGUGGGCAAGUCUGAUCCCCCCUCCCGCCAAGUCCUCAUUCGCGGCACACCAGGCAAGCUGAUGGGUUUGAGUGCGGGAGCUAAACUGUUCUGGGAAAUGGGCGAUGGUAUUGGCAAGAGCACUUUCCUGGACUACUUGCUUUAUCGGCUGGCAUGCCAGGGCAAAACCGUCGUGUGGUGUAGCAAGUCUGUGCUGGACUCUGUGCUGCUGUUUACACCCAACGGUGUGUUUGAGGCAACCUCCACUGCAGCUUUUCGAGAAGAGCUAAGGGAUCCGAGUACAUGGUUCUUGUGUGAUGCGGUGGAACCUCCGUCCAAGGUGGCAAUCACAGUCAUGGCAUCAUCUCCUCGCAACUCAAACUACAACGAAUAUGCCAAGCAAGCUGGCCUGAGGUUAUGGAUGGGCCCCUGGUCCUAUGUGGAGCUGGAGGCAGCACGUGGCAUCAUGUUCUCUUCGGAGGAGCUUGAUGCAGCGGUGGCAACCGUUAAUAUGGAUCUCUUGUGGAAAUCCGUAGGCAACAUUGAAGCUGCACCGGAUGUCAGCCACAAACUGAUCCACGUCGAGGUGGAUGAGAACUGCAGCAGGAAACGCCUAGUCUUCGGCUCCGGGAUAAUCGGCCAGCGUGUGAUGCAGGAGUUGCAUCGGCAGGGUACUGCUGAGUUGGCCAAAUUCGUUAAGUGGUCCGCUGGCAGACCAGAUUUGGCCUCACUUAGAGGCAUAAUGUUCCAGGGGCUAGCACAUGACUUGCUGUGCCGAGGCGGCUCGUUUCGUAUGUGCAGCCUUUCUAACCCCGGAGAGCAGGAGGUCAGCCUGGAGGUGCCGGAAAUGGAGUUGAUGGAGGUGCAGGACAGCGACCUCAAAAAAAUCAGCCCCACAACAAAAGGGUCUGGGCUCCUGGUGCCGGUUGUGUAGAUAUAGGCACAGAUGGGCAUGUAUCUGUAAGUGCCCUGAGUUGUACAAGGAAACAGCUACAGAUAUGAGUGGUAGCAUGGGCAGAGUAGGUUUGUACGGCUGAAUAUGUGUACACUUGUGUACGGCUGAAUACAUGCCUUGGCAUCUCUGAACGGGCCUGCAUGUGUUGGACUGCUGUUGGGGGUGCUGGCUGUGAGGUGUUUGCAGCUCAACAGUGGGUGUACUGCUUUCAGGAAGGGAGGCGCGCUGGGGCAGCAAAGUGAUGCUGUAUGAGUAGAUUGUUUGGCAAGCAAGGGUGUGAGAAGUCAUUGCAAUUGUGUACUUUGAGGGCAGGUGGCACAGGCUGGCAUGGACCUCCUGGAUUGGAGUGUAGUGUGAUUGCAUGUUGACCUUGCCCUGGACAUGAACCUGUGGGAUGGAGGAGGGGAAAAGGAUGUCGAUCCUGGCACGCGGCACUUGAUUGUGAAGUAAUGCAACAUGAUGCAGACAGACAGUGCGCCUGCAAUGGGAUGGUCAUGUAAGUGCCUAAAUAAUGAGGAGGCAUGGCAAGUCCGUGCAGCACCUAAGCUUGACCUGUUAAACAGGCUCGAUAGACGGUCAUUGGCAAAGAAGUGGUCAGAGACUUUGCUGUGCGGGUGUAUGGGGGCUGCAUUCAAAACAAAAGCAAAACAACACUUACUAAAUGAUGAACCCAAAACGAUUAGCAUGGUGCUUUCCUUGAGAUACCUGUCACGUGCUACACCGUCAUGCAUGAAGGGAAGGUAGCAUUUUUGGGCGGGGCCCCAGCGCGAAGCGCCCAGGGGGCCCCUGACCUGUAGGAUUGCCCAUGUCCGUGUGUGUGUGUGUGUGUGUGUAACGGACCAAAC